GAUGUCACUCAGAGCUCUGAAGGCACUUUUCAGAGACAGCGAGAGAGAGAAGGGGACAGUGUGAGAGGUUGGAAUCCAGAGUUGUUUCAGUUUUGAGGCUGAAGAAAGUUGUCAAAGAAACAAACCACUGCUUUGCAGUCACUCUAGGACACUGUGGGAUGUGGAAAAAAACAGACUGACAGAGACAUACAGUAUUCAGAUUCUCUUCUGUUGCUUGGCUGGUGCUGAAGGAGGUGAAUGUGGACUGCAAACUGCCUAAAAACAAAAUUGGAAAGGACUGCUUUUUUAAAAAUAAUAAUCAUUAUAACAUGGGCAGCCUUCAGCUGGAUGAUUUUGUAGCUGGCUGGGUAGGAGGAGCUGCAGCAGUACUCGUGGGACAUCCUCUGGACACAGUAAAGACUCGCUUACAAGCUGGACAAGGUUAUGGCAGCACAUUUAAUUGUGUCCUCACUGUGUACAGAAAUGAAUGUAUUGCUGGCUUCUUUAAGGGAAUGUCUUUUCCACUAGUUUGCAUCGCUGUCUACAACUCAGUGGUAUUUGGUGUCUUCAGCAAUACCCAAAGGCUCAUUAGCCAAUAUCGCUAUGGGAAUCCUAAUCAGCCCCCUGCACUCACAGACUUGGCUUUAGCAAGCAUGACAACAGGGGCUUUUUCUGUAGGAAUUGGUGGUCCAGUUGACCUGGUCAAAAUAAGGCUACAGAUGCAGACACAAACGUUUCUGGCAGCCAACCUCGACUUGAAGGACAGGACAACUGGCUUUUCAGUACAGACUGUCUACAGAGGGCCGGUUCACUGUUUGGGCAGUAUCCUUAGGGAAGAAGGUUUUGCAGGAUUAUACCGAGGUUCUUCUGCAAUGCUUCUGCGAGAUAUUCCCGGAUAUUGCUUCUACUUCAUCCCUUACACAUUUCUUUGUGGAUGGAUCACUCCAGAAGGAUGCCUUUCUCCAAGUCCCUUUUCUGUAUGGAUGGCUGGUGGCGUUGCAGGGGCAAUAUCGUGGGGGACUGCUACUCCUAUGGACGUUGUAAAGAGUCGUCUCCAAGCAGAUGGGGUUUAUUUAAACAAAUACAGAGGAGUCAUUGAUUGCAUCUCCCAAAGUUACCAGAAUGAGGGUCUAAAAGUUUUUUUCAGGGGUCUCACAGUGAAUGCAGUGCGGGGAUUCCCAAUGAGUGCUGCUAUGUUUCUGGGAUAUGAACUGUCACUCAAAGCUCUAAGAGAACAAACAGAGACAAAUCCUUGAAUUCCAGGAAUUUCCGGCACCUGUCCAUUCCCUUUCGUUUCCAGAGCCAAGCCAACAGAAUGGCUUGGUCAAGGUCUUAUAUCACCAAUAUGGAAACUGCACUGAAGAAAUGUCAUCGUUUCUGUGGUGAAGAGUAAAUAUUCAUUUGGUAUGUGGAUGGCUGAACAGCAUGCAUCAACUGAAUCUGCUUGAUUCAAGAUCCGUCGUUCUAAAAGCCACAGGCAAAAAUAUGUUCUUGUAAUGAGCCUCCAAGUCAUUUCUGACUUAUAGUGACCCUGUGAAUGAAUGACCUUCAGAAGGUCCUGACAUUAACAACCCUGGUCAGGUCUUAACAACUAAAAAUGACGGUUUGGUUACUGAGUGAAUCCAUCUCAUCUUAGAUCUUUUUUCUCCCCUACUGCUUUACUUUUUCCUACCAUUGUUUUUUCCCCCAGUAAAUCUUGCCUUCUCAUGAUAUGUUCAAAGAACAGCCUCAGUUUUGUUUCUAGUGAAUCAUUUCAGGCUUGAUUUGAUCUAGAACCUUUCAUUUGUCUAAUAAUUCUUGGAACUUUCCAAGUGUGCAACACAUUUUGUCUACGAUUAGUCACUGAUGUCACAUUCUAGCACACCUAUAAGAGGUUGGAAUUAUGGUCCGUUACCUAGAGAAGUCAAAGAUAAUUACUUCCAAUGUGAUCAGACUAUUUUCCCAUAUCCUUUAUGAUUAGACAACUUAUGUACUGGAAGACAAGAAGGAAUAUAACAAUCUCUGCAAGAUUUCAAACAUUCAACUACAACAGAUUGGAUUUCCUCACAUUAGAAAUGUAUCACACUCUGACAAAGCCUUUUGCCCUUCCCACAUUUGUCUCUUACACAGAUGUUUUUUUAAAUGGAGUAUAGCUUGAUUUGAGAUAUCGAGCAUAAGAAGAUAUAAGCACUUUAAAAAUCAAGCAGAAUUACUGUCUGUCAGCCCCCAAAGCCUGCUAGACUACAUGUUGGCUCUUCUCAGUAAAUGGCCAACAGAGGAGUAGUGUGUAGAGAAUCAAGUGAGGUCACCAAUUUCAGGACUCACUCUAGCUGCCCCUUGCAGGAGAACUGGUUAUGAUGGAGGCAGAGACUGCAAGACAAGGUAAAAAUCAGCUUCUGAUUAGCCUCUGAACACGGAAACAGCAGGGUACAGGUACUAAGUGAAUGCAAUCGCGUAACUUUGGUUAUGUAAUUUAACUGAAGAGGAGAAACAGGAAAGGAUAAAGAAAAAGGAUGAGCCAGUUUUUCAAAGGACUAAAGUAUAAACAUUAAUGAAUAGCUGGCACACAGAGGAAGUAUUCACUUACUGUUUCUUCUGCCACUUGACACAUUAAGACAUCAUCAGUCUGGACAGUGACAAUGUCAGCUCUUUACCUCUCUGUCUGUUAAGAAACAUUACUUUGCUAAGAUGGAAAGGAGGCCACCAAAAGGAAAUUGGGGGAAAGGGGUACAUAACUUUUCUUUUCUUUUCUUUUUCUUUUGCCAUUUGUGCGUAUGGACACAGGGAGCUCAGGUGCUGCCGCUUGUGAAACGCUGCCAUGUACAUUUCUCAAGCUGUCCAUUACAAACAGCUGCUUCCUACCUGGCAAUAAAUGGAUCAUGCUUACUGAUUUAUAAACUAAGAACCAAAUCUUCAUGUUCAUGCUGAUACAUUCCCCUUGAAUGAAACUUAUUAAAAAGGAUUAAUAAAU